AUGGCCGCCUCUUCAAUUUACCAUAAGCAAAUCGACCGCAGUUGGGACUAUAAGUUAACGAAUCCACCAUUCCUCAUCGUCGUCUACAUCGCAUACAUCCCCACGAACAUGAAGAUCUCCAAAUCCUUGCUCGCUAUUCCGUUCCUCGUCACAUCGGUGUUGGGUCAAGCGAGCUAUAUUCGUGUUCCGUCUCAGGGAGCUACGCUUCACCAGGGCCAAUCCUCUACCUUGCAGAUUGUUCGCCCCAAUAGUCUCCAAGGUUUCCGUGAAGCUGGAUUAGCUGUCGGAAUCUUGCACUGCGGCGCAGGUACCGACCUCAAUCCAUGCCCUUCACCAGGUACCCGGAUGGGGACAGUACUCUAUACCGGCAUAUUCGAUCCUCAGAUACGAGAAAUACCGGGAAACCCUUAUCAGAAUCUUACCCUUACUUUGCCUCUGCCUGACGUUGGUGGACCACCAGUGGGAAAUGCUUUGUUGCAAGUUUCAAGGAUGCAUUUGAUCGGGGCCGGACCGAGCGUUGUUCUGGAGCAGAAUUCUGUCGCGGUUGUCGUGCAAGCCUGAGGAGUUCUUGCUAAGUAUAAAAGUUUGCAUACACGAGAUCCCGAAAUACAAUCCUAUAUUCGAGUAUCCCAAAUUCAACAUGAACCACUUUAGACGGUGCUUGAUAUAAUCGCUGGCAGCGAACAUGCGACUUGAAGCUUGACAUCUUACUAUCACCACUUUAUCUGCCUCCACUUCCUCUCGCUCCCCGAAUACUACGGAAUACGAUACACACGUAACGAGCAAAGGUUACCGCGACUUCAGAUGCCUAACUCGCGGUUCCCUGCACUCUUAUCGAGCCUUGCGGCCCCGGUACCUAUCUCGGAACAGGCGUCUCACGGUGUGAAGGUUAACCUAGGUUUUGGGCUUCACACCCUUAUCUUUACAUACCGAACCUAGGGGACUCGUUUGCCUUCUCCAUGGUUGUCAAUAAGGCGAAAUUGAAGUUGAAGCUUUGCGGUCCGACGAAUGUUUCACAUCCGAUGGUCCAUCGAAGGCUAGUGACAUCUUCUAUUCUUAUUUUUCGAAAGACCAUCCUGAUCAAUUUACCUCUAUUAUCUUCUUUCUGUUCUCCGAUCGCCCGGCCUCAAACGAAAAAAAGAAAAAAAAAAACCGAAUUCUGAUAAGUACGCAAGCUCUUCACUCCGCGUUGCAAAGAUAAGGAGCCUCGUGCACGUUUUUGGGUAGAUAUGGGCCCUGGGUUGACCGGUUGGACGAACUCUGAUAAACUCAGUCGCUCGCGGAUAACCUCGGAUAACGCUCAGGAAGAAACGACAUCCACCAAUCAAGUUUUGCGACAACCGAUAGAAGACUCUGAGAUAUGGCCAGGCGACUGUUCUAUCUGCGCCCGAUAGCGAAAUCGAAGUUAACUCAAGCUCAUUCAAAUGGAUUGUACGGGUUUGCAUUGUGUCGAAGAUACGAGAAUGUUCGCCUCGAAUUAUGCCCUAGUUGAACGUCUCAACGCGGAUUCGUGCGAUAGGCGUUACCUUUUCUCCUUUUUUCGACAUUUGCUGUCAGUUACUCUUUCAUCCCGCCAUCGCCUCAGUGGUUCCAGAGAGCCGGUGACCAUCCAUAAAGCUCGUCACCGUCUCUCUUCGUAUUGAGCACCGGCUGCUGGCAAAUCGCACGUGUGACGAAAUCGUCUGUACUGGCGGCACGCUACUGGGUGACGCACGAACCGGGCUAGGCGCGUUCGAC